AUGGGUGACGUUAAAAAUUUUCUGUAUGCCUGGUGUGGCAAAAGGAAGAUAGCCCCAGCCUAUGAAAUCAGAGCAGUGGGGAACAAAAACAGGCAGAAAUUUAUGUGUGAGGUUCGGGUUGAAGGAUUUAAUUACACUGGCAUGGGCAAUUCCACCAAUAAAAAAGAUGCACAGAGCAAUGCUGCCAGAGACUUCGUUAACUAUUUGGUUCGAGUAAAUGAAGUAAAGAGUGAAGAAGUCCCAGCUGUUGGGCUAGCACCCCCUAUACCUUCGGUCACUGCUGAUUCUUCUGAUGGCACAGCAAGUACUGAUGGAAGUUUGCCCACUGCCCUGGGAGGACCUCUUCCUCCUCAUCUGGCCCUCAAGUCUUCUACAGAAAAUAAUUCUGGAGUUGGUGCCUCCGGCUAUGGUGUUCCUGGGCCCACCUGGGAUCGGGGAGCCAACUUGAAAGAUUACUACUCAAAGAAAGAGGAACAAGAAGCCCAAGCGACUCUAGAAUCAGAAGAAGUGGAUUUAAAUGCUGGUCUUCAUGGAAACUGGACAUUGGAAAAUGCUAAGGCUCGUCUGAACCAAUAUUUCCAAAAAGAAAAGAUCCAAGGAGAAUAUAAGUACACCCAAGUGGGUCCGGAUCACAACAGGAGCUUUAUUGCAGAAAUGACCAUUUAUAUCAAGCAGCUGGGAAGAAGAAUUUUUGCACGUGAACAUGGAUCAAAUAAGAAACUGGCAGCACAGUCGUGUGCCCUUUCACUUGUUAGGCAACUCUACCAUCUUGAAGUGAUUGAAGCUUAUUCUGGACUUACCAAGAAGAAAGAAGGAGAGACAGUUGAACCAUACAAAGUUAAUAUCUCUCAAGACCUGGAGCAUCAACUGCAAAAUGUUGUUCAAGAGCUGAAUCUUGAGAUUGUGCCACCACCUGAGGAUCCUUCGGUACCAGUUAUAAUCAACCUUGGUAAACUGUCUCAGUUUGAACCAUCACAGCGACAAAACCAAAUGGGCGUGGUUCCUUGGUCUCCUCCGCAAUCAAACUGGAAUCCUUGGACUAGUAGCAACAUAGAUGAGGGCCCCCUGGCUUAUGCUACUCCAGAACAAAUAAGCACGGACCUCAAAAAUGAAUUAAUGUACCAGCUGGAACAUGAUCGCAAUUUACAAGGAAUUUUACAGGAAAGAGAAGUACUGCCUGUGAAGAAAUUUGAAAGCGAAAUAUUGGAUGCAAUUAGUCAAAAUUCAGUUGUCAUUAUUCGAGGUGCUACUGGAUGUGGUAAAACCACACAGGUUCCCCAGUUCAUUUUAGAUGACUUUAUCCUUAAUGACCGAGCGGCAGAGUGUAAUAUUGUAGUAACUCAGCCCAGGCGAAUUAGUGCAGUAUCUGUGGCAGAGCGAGUUGCAUAUGAGAGAGGAGAAGAACCUGGAAAAAGCUGUGGCUACAGCGUUCGAUUUGAGUCUAUACUUCCCCGCCCUCAUGCCAGCAUAAUGUUUUGUACUGUGGGUGUGCUCCUAAGAAAACUUGAAGCUGGUAUUCGAGGAAUCAGUCACGUAAUUGUAGAUGAAAUACAUGAAAGAGACAUAAAUACUGAUUUCAUCUUGGUAGUACUGCGUGAUGUGGUUCAAGCUUACCCUGAAGUUCGCAUUGUCCUCAUGUCUGCUACUAUCGAUACCAGCAUGUUCUGUGAAUAUUUUUUCAAUUGUCCCAUUAUUGAGGUUUAUGGAAGGACUUUCCCAGUUCAAGAAUAUUUUCUGGAAGACUGUAUUCAGAUGACACACUUUAUUCCUCCACCAAAGGACAAAAAGAAGAAGGAGAAAGAUGAAGAUGGUGGAGAGGAGGAUGAUACAAAUUGUAACCUGAUCUGUGGUGAUGAAUAUGGUCCAGAAACAAGGAUGAGCAUGUCUCAAAUGAAUGAAAAGGAAACUCCUUUUGAACUUAUUGAGGCUCUGCUUAAGUACAUUGAAACGCUUAAUGUUCCUGGAGCUGUAUUAGUUUUUCUGCCUGGCUGGAAUUUGAUUUAUACUAUGCAGAAGCAUUUGGAAAUGAAUGCACAUUUUGGGAGCCAUCGGUAUCAGAUUCUUCCUCUGCAUUCUCAGAUUCCUCGAGAGGAACAACGCAAAGUAUUUGAUCCAGUACCAAUUGGUGUAACCAAGGUUAUUUUGUCCACAAAUAUUGCUGAGACAAGCAUUACCAUAAACGAUGUUGUUUAUGUCAUUGAUUCCUGCAAGCAGAAAGUGAAGCUGUUUACUGCUCACAACAACAUGACCAACUAUGCUACAGUAUGGGCAUCCAAAACAAACCUUGAGCAGCGGAAAGGUCGAGCAGGCCGAGUGCGACCUGGAUUCUGCUUUCACCUCUGCAGCCGAGCUCGUUUUGAGAAGCUUGAAACUCACAUGACCCCAGAAAUGUUCCGAACACCAUUGCACGAAAUUGCUUUGAGCAUAAAACUUCUUCGUCUGGGAGGAAUUGGUCAAUUUCUGGCUAAGGCAAUUGAACCUCCUCCUCUGGAUGCUGUGAUUGAAGCAGAGCACACUCUUAGAGAGCUUGAUGCGUUAGAUGCCAAUGAUGAGUUAACACCUCUGGGAAGAAUCCUGGCUAAACUCCCCAUUGAACCUCGUUUUGGCAAAAUGAUGAUAAUGGGGUGUAUUUUCUAUGUGGGAGAUGCUGUCUGUACCAUCUCUGCUGCCACCUGCUUUCCAGAGCCUUUCAUUAGUGAAGGAAAGAGACUGGGUUAUAUCCAUCGGAAUUUUGCUGGGAACAGAUUUUCUGAUCAUGUGGCCCUUUUAUCAGUAUUCCAAGCAUGGGAUGAUGCUAGAAUGGGUGGAGAAGAGGCAGAGAUACGUUUUUGUGAGCACAAGAGACUGAAUAUGGCUACACUGAGAAUGACUUGGGAGGCUAAAGUUCAGCUCAAAGAAAUUCUGAUUAACUCUGGAUUUCCAGAAGAGUGUUUGCUGACACAAGUGUUUACUAACACUGGACCAGAUAAUAAUUUGGAUGUUGUUAUCUCCCUCUUGGCCUUUGGGGUAUACCCCAAUGUUUGCUAUCAUAAGGAAAAGAGAAAGAUCCUUACCACCGAAGGGCGUAACGCACUUAUUCACAAAUCAUCUGUCAAUUGUCCUUUUGGAAGCCAGGACAUGAAAUACCCAUGCCCUUUCUUUGUAUUUGGUGAAAAGAUUCGAACCCGAGCCAUCUCUGCUAAAGGCAUGACUUUAGUGACUCCCUUACAGUUGCUCCUCUUUGCCGCCAAGAAAGUGCAGUCUGAUGGGCAGAUUAUGAUUAUAGAUGACUGGAUUAAACUGCAAAUAUCCCAUGAAGCUGCUGCCUGCAUCACUGCUCUCCGGGCAGCCAUGGAAUCUCUGGUUGUUGAGGUAACCAAACAGCCUGACAUCAUCAGCCAGUUGGACCCCACAAAUGAACGAAUGCUGAACACAAUUCGCCAAAUUUCUAGGCCCUCUGCUUCUGGCAUCACCCUUAUGAUUGGCAGUGUACGGUAUGGAGAUGGUCCACGUCCUCCCAAGAUGGCCCGCUAUGACAAUGGAGGUGGCUACAGAAGGGGUGGUUCUAGCUAUGGUGGGGGAGGCUAUGGUGGUGGGUAUGGCGGUGGAGGCUAUGGGAGUGGAGGCUAUGGAGGUGGCGGGGGAUUUGGUGGUGGUGGAUUUGGUGGGGGUUCCAACUCCUUUCGGGGAGGAUAUGGUGGAGGUGGUGGUGGAGGUUUCAGAGGAGGUGGCUUCAGAGGAGGGUCUGGAGGAGAUUACAGAGGGUCUGGUGGAGGUGGAUUCAGAGGAUCUGGGGGAUUCCAGCGUGGGGGUCCCAGGGGGGGUUUUGGAGGAGGCUACUUUGGACAAGGCAGAGGUGGUGGCUUUUAA